AUGCUCAAAGAAAAAUUAACACUGGGGACUCGGUCGCUCACACAGCUUUGCAGGCCCCCGGGACAUGAUACUUGA